CCAAAUAGACUAACCUAACGAGAAGGAAAGAGAUCUAGGAGAAUUUCAUGAAUUUAAUCUAUUCAACUAUGAGAAUCAAACUGGCUAAUAUUCAAUUAUCUCUAGGAAGACAUGGAAGUAAGCCUAAUUCAUUUUUCAAGUGAAAUCAAGAUAAAUUCAAGAUAAAUGUUUUAAGAUGUUGCUAUUUUUGUACGCUAAAUAGUUGAACAAAGAAAUUUCUCAAUUGUGUUACAAGUUGCAUCCCAUUUUCAGGUCCUCUCAGUCCUAGCAGCAUAUGGCUCAAAAUCAUUUUGUCCCAACUUUCUGAUCAUUUGUUGCUUUAAUUUAAUGCUAUUGUAACAUCACUAUGACUAUAUUUAGGGUUAUCAUAAGGUAUACAUUUAAUAACAUUGAUCCAUUUCUGAGAACAUAAAUCAUGACUUUUGAGUCUAUGACAUGCUAAAAUACCAAAAGAUAUCUCAACUAGGCAUUCCAGAGGAGUGAAAUUUUUGGCUGAUCUCAGACGUCGUGGCCAGUGAUUCCUAUAGGACGAUGCAGCAUGAAGAUCAUUACAUCGUACGAAUCUUUGAAGCUUCGAAUCCAGUAUUCUCGUGGCUUUAACCAUAGCAUGAAUCUUUUCAGAGCUGGUUGGGUUCGAUCGAAAUUUCUGAAGGAAUCACACUUGAACUCCUUGAGAAUGUAGUUCUGAUGGCACAAGUACUCGAAUAGCCAUAGGAGUUCUUGCGGGAAGUCAUUGGCUAAACACAUGGCAGAAAGGAUAUUCCGGGUUCACCCCGAACGACUUCAGGAUGGAUCUGCCAUACUUUCUGAACACUUGAAGAUCGUUGAAGGUUCUUCUUUCUUGGAGGAUGGAUGGAUAGAAGGGAUCGACAUAUUGGUUGAAUAGAUCUAGAGGGUAGUCUGUUAACCCAGAAGAUAGUAAUACUGUCGUGUUGAGCAUGAGGAUUUGACUAGCCAGUUCCUGGUUGCCUUCUCCGGUGCUGGAUAUCAGGUAGACGUCAUCUGCAUAGGUGUCUCUUCUUCCAAUGAGAAGACCGAUUCAAGGUCGUCCUCUUUGCUGCGAUAGAUGCCUGUUUGAUUAGCAAUUUCUUUGAAGAUAUGGAUAGAGUCCUUCGACUUGUUGGCCUGAGGACAGUUUGUGGCAAAGUGACCAAGCUUUUUGCAGAUAAAGCAGCUAUCAUUCUUCUUCUUGUAAUUUGUUGGGCUCCUUCAUCUAAAAUACCUGGUUCGCCGUAUUGCCCUGCUCCUGUCGUUAGGAGGCCAUGGCAGUUUGAACCUCCUGAACAACAGUUGUCUUUUGUAUCUCGUCCUGCGGAGCGGACCCGAGAAGCUAGACUUGGUGACGAGGUCAUCCUUGUUGCAUGCUUGAUCGAGGGCUGGAUUAUUCUGGACGAUCUACUUCCGUAUAGACCUCUUUGUGCAUAUGGUAUCCAGAGCUUGGAAGAUGGCCUGCCAGAUGUAGGCUAUCUGUAGGACGGUUAUGGAUUUGAACUUCUCUUCCACAAUCGUCAUUGUGUGGCCUGGCCUGCUAGCAUCUUUGGUAGAUGAUAUGAAGGCUUGCUUCAAAUGCCAUUCUGCGCAAUAGCAAACAGAGAUGCCAUUUUUUCGUGGAGUUUUCGUUUUUUCUCCUUGGCAUUGAAACAUGAACAUACGGCAAGUUCCAUAAUAAAAAUUUCAGACGUCUUGGAAAACUGUUGUUGCUGCUACUCAAGGGGGUGGUUGGAUUGAGCCCCCACCGAUGCAUUCGCCUCCGAUUAGUGAGAUUAUUCUCCACGAUGUUUUGAACAAGGUGAUUUUAAUGGGCGGUAUUUUUUUAUAUGAACACACAUAGAGAAACGGAAGAAGACUAAUGUAAUUAUGAUCUAU